CCGACUUAGUCUUUGGUCAGCGUCAUCGUUCAAAAGUCGUUCUAACUCGAGAAAAUACGUCUUGCGGCAAAGCGAACAGAGCGAUCGUCGAUAAAAAAAAAAAGAAGGGAGAAACAUGCCGGCUCGCAACAAGGAACAGGAGACCGAAGUGUUGGCCUGGAUCGAGGCUGUUCUAGGAGAGAAGCUUCCGCCAGGAAAUUACGAGGACAUCCUUAAGGAUGGCGUGGUCCUUUGCAAGCUCAUCAACAAAAUGGCACCAGGAUCAGUAAAGAAGAUUCAAGCCAAAGGAACCAACUUUCAGCUUAUGGAAAAUGUUCAGAGAUUUCAAGCUGCCAUCAAGGAGUACGGUGUCCCGCAAGAAGAAAUCUUCCAAACUGCUGAUCUAUUCGAAAGACGUAACAUCCCACAAGUUACAUUAUGUCUGUAUGCUCUUGGUAGGAUUACGCAAAAGCAUCCUGAAUACAAUGGACCACGUCUAGGACCGAAGAUGGCCGAUGAAAACAAAAGAUCGUUCACGGAAGAACAGCUCCGAGCCAGCGAAGGCCAACUUAAUUUGCAAAUGGGUUACAACAAAGGAGCUAGUCAAUCUGGCCAUGGUGGAUUUGGCAACACUCGACAUAUGUAAACGUUUAUAUCCUCGACGCAAAGGAAAACGCGUUCUCGACUAUUCGCAUAGCUAUAGAUAUUCUUUUACUAUUUACUAACGAUCUCCAGAUACAACGAUUCGGGAUAUUCUAGUCACAAUAUUUUCUGAAUGGAUAUCUAUGAGGACGUAUCAAAUUGUUUUUCAUUAAUAUAUGUCGAGAGAAAUUUGUAACAUUUGUUGUAUUAUACGUGUCGAAGGGCAGGGCGAGAUCUUAUUUAAUAAGCAACGAUUUUCAACGUUAGUUGAUAUUUUAUAACACUAUACAUUACACUGUAAUUACAUGGAUACUUUACACCCCUAUUACAUUAUACACCUAAACAAAUACACGAUACAUUUACACGUCACGUACAUUUACACAUGAAACACGUACAAGAUAUUAACUUACAACUUGAUGGACAACUUUCACGAGUUAUUUAUUAAAGAGAACAGGAAACAUGACACAAAGUGACAACAAUACAUUUGUCAGUCGUAAGGAGAAAGGAAAUUUACGAGUAGUAAGUAAGAUCUCACAGUUACUUCAACACGAACUGUAAGACUUUAUUAAAAGUCUCGGAUUAACACAUUGACUGCAACGGCGAUCAUCAGUGACCAACGUCUCAAAUGUAAUUGUAUGAAUUAAAAAAGAAGAAAAUAUUUGCAUAGUAUUACUAUUAUACUAAUAAUACGAUACGAGGUAGAAGAUUGAAAGCUUCAAUUUAAAAAUUAACUACUUGUAUCCUACUUUCACUGUGACAAUUAAUCUAUUAUUAAUCUAAAUGACUAGUAUAAUGCCUUUUCUAAGAUUUUUAAUUAUUCACUGACCAUUUGCUAAUAAUAUGUAAGCGACAAGUAUACGGAAUAAAAAGACAGCGCUGCUAUUUUCUAUUA